CCGCUCGAACCCAAUUCAAAAUUUUGAAAACCUGUGGGAGUAUAAAACGAUUGCUAGAUUUUUCAAACCCAAGAUUCGAAGGAUCAGGAUUGAUGGUCAAGAAGGUUUUUUCAAACCCAAGAUUCACAGGAUCGCGAUUGGGGUUCAAGAAGGAUGCAUGGAGUUGUUGUGUUCAGGAUUUUGUGAAAUGGGUAGUAGUCAUUUUAUCUGACUCGACAGUGUCUGAUAUGGGUAGCAGGUCUUUCAAUUCUAAUACAAUAGUUUUGAUGUGUGUACUCACAGGGGUUUAGUGAGGUUUUUAACAUUUCUUGCGGUGUUGUUACCCUCAGAUUUGAGACUGUGUUUGGAUCAGAAGGUGUGGAGUACAGAGAAGAGCUGACAUUUCUCAAGUUUUGAGUCUGAUUUCGGAGUAGUACUGUGAGGCCGCCGAGGCCUUCUUCUAAGGUAAGCAUUUUUUGCAGGUGGGUCGCGGUUUUGUUAUUCUCAGAUUCAAGGUUGUGUUUGAAUCAGAAGGUGUGGAGUGCAGAGAAGAGCAUUGAUAUUUCUUAAGCUUUGAGUUUGAUUUCGGAGAAAUACUGUAAGGCCACCAAGGCCGCCUUCUAAGCUAAGAUUAGCAUUUUGAGGAGGGAAUUUUGAGAUCAUGCCAGAAGAGCGUCAUAUUUUGGUUGCCAGGCAGGGUUCACAAGUGAACUCGAGCCAUCGGUUAACUGUUUUUUCAGACAAUCAUGAGCAACUGAAUACAACUGAAGCUCCACAACGCCCCAGAGAUCCAGAGAUGAGGAACCCUGAAAUAUUGGCAAGGGCUCUAUCGAGGGCAACAGAGAGCAUCCAGCACAAAGAAAACAUGGUUCCUGAAAAGUCAAGGAGCCGAAGACGAAGACGAAGGAGGGUGUCUACAUCAAGGAGCCCUUUACCUGCAGAUUAUCCCCGCGCUCCUCUCCAAGACAUUACACUGUACAUGCAUAUUCUUGAGAGGACUAGAACGAGGUCUAGGGAUAGAAUGCAGAUGCAUGGGACAACUCCUAGACAGCCUAUGAUCCAUGAAAUACCUCCUAUAAUUCCUCUCCAAGAAAUGGAGUCUGCCAUGUCAAAUCCGACAUCGGUCCUGGAAGACCCUUUGCAAGAAACGGAGACUGCCAUAACGAAUCGAGGGCAAGAAACAGAGACCACCAUGGCAAAUCAAAUUCUGGUUUUGGAAGGCCCUUCGCAGCAAUCACAGACCACCAUAGCAAAUUUCAUACAGCUUCCAGAAGAUAGCACGCUACUAAAUUGUGUGCAACUUCCUGAGCAAGAAAUUGACGGACUAACAACUGACCCCCAAACUGAACAGCAAAAUGAUGCUCCAGAAAGUGCUGUGAAUCACCAUGGAAAUAUAAUUAUAGACAGCUCUCUAACAACAGACGUGGGGUUGAGAUUUCAUCAUGAUUACCAUAUUGAAGAAGGUAGAACAAGCAAUGUUUCAAUGUCAUCAAAUCAAGAGCAUGGUAGAGCAUUUGGAACUGUUUUGCAGUCUGAAACUUGGGAUGAGCCUAGCGGAAGGGGCACAGGAGGCAGUCGUGCCCAACCAAAGAAAAAAUCAUCUUUGAAGCCAUUGAUGAAAAUGCGUUGAAACAAUUCGUUUCACAAUGAUUAUCUGGCACAUAAUUCUGGGCAAAAAAUUAUGUUUUCAGUUUUUUCUCUCUAAAGCUGCAGAUCUGAUCAAGAAUAACCUUCUAUUCUAUAGGUGUUUCACUGGAUUGUUAACCUGACCAGACUUCUAAUUUGUUUCACAUAUUUUGUGAAUCCCCCAAUGGCUUCUAACUCUGGGCCAUUUUCAAAACAAUUUUAUACUUUCCCAUUUCUUCUCUGUAAUUUCAGUCCUAACUUUGGAAGUUACGUAUUUAAAGAAGUUACAUGUAAUAAUCUUAUGUACAUUAUAGGUAUCUUGUACAAACAUCUAUAUUUCUUGUUUUGAUCGGCACCAACGGAUUCAUACCUUACUCUUUUAUAAUUUUCAAUUGAGUAAAUCUUUGUUCUGAGUAAACUUUCCCUCUGAUACAAAUUGAUGAAAUUAGAGGAUUGUAAUCUGGAACUCUCGGCAAUGUGUCAUUUGUUCAAAUUGAUGAAAUUUGGUAGUUUGGCUUGUUGGUUG